AUGGUGGAGGACAUUGGCAUUGGAGAACUGGUUGAGCUGCCCAUGGCCAUGCCUGAUGUCGUGGUGGACGCGGGCAUCGACAUCGACAUCGACAUUGACAUGGCGCUGGAUGCAGGCAUUGACAUUGACCCCAUUGAGCUCAUUGUCGACAAAGUUGACGCUGUUAACACUGACUGGUCGAAAGUCUGGGUUGAAGAGUCCGUUUGGCGGAUAUGUCUCGAUGUGCUCAUCGAAGACAUGUAUACUCUCUCGGUGUCCUCUCAAUCAUCGACUUCGACGGCAACCGACGUGGAUUCAUUUCUUGCCGCACCAUCUCAGAGAAAACUUGCUCAAAGAAGUUCAUUCCCGGUCCUCAUUGGCUGUGGUUGUCGAACGGCCUCCUUCUCGUGGGAACGGUCUCCGCAUGAGCACGUUUCCUGCAACAUCCUCAACCAGCACCACAGAGCACCACAGAGCACCGCGACGCAGAGUCGUCUGUUACCGCGGUCAUCUCCUUGA